UUCUUAACAGAUAAUCUUUGUAAAAUCCCCUCUCCUCUCACUCUCUCUCUCUCUAGAAAGCUCGAAUUUUCAGAUCUGUAAUUUUUGUGGUCUCAGAUGGCUGUUGAAGUGCUCAGUCCCAAGGAUUGCCUCAAGCCUAGCUGCCUCGGCCGCCCAAGCCGCCCCCAGCCCGACGGCAAGAACCGAAGGCCCAGCCGGCCCAAUAACCUUCCUCGCCCGGUCCAGAAAUUCCCGGCCCCCCAAAACCUUGUCAUGGGUCAGGUCAAAAUCCUCAAGCGUGGCGAAGAAAUCUCUAAAACGGCGCUGGCUCCACCACUACAGAAGCAAAAUUUCAAGCCCCAAGUGCCGGCUCCGCCGCCACAGAAGCAGAAUCCCAAGCCCCAAGCUCCGGAUCUCGGAAACACGAACCGGAUGGGCCCGGAAACGAAACGGAUUGCCAAGCUGAGCAAACAGGCGGACCCGAACCGGACUGCCGGUUUCUACGCCGGAUCGUCGUCGUGCAUAGCCUCGCCGCCUCCAAGCUCUCUGCCUCUGCCAUCCUUUUUCGCCAAGAAGGGCGCUGCCACAAGCACAGAUGCUGCGGCAAGCGAGCUGCUGAAGCUUCUGCGGCUGAAUUUGUAGUUGGGCCGGCUAGUCCAUUGGGUCGCCGGUCCAGCAGUGGACCGCCAAAUUGCAGUGUAAAUUCUUGGAUUUUGGCUUAAUUUUCGAGAUGUGUGGUUGUCGUUCCUCCCCUUAUUUUUUCAAAGGGAAGAUGGAUGAAUUCGCAGUCGGAUCUAACGCUUUUUCUCCUUUUUAAUUUAUUGGUUGGAUAAUUAGUGUGCAGGGAUAAUACGGUCGGUCUGGUUUAGCGUUUAAUUUUCAAUUUGUUUUAGUUAACUUUUCUAUUAAUUAGGUUUAGGUUUAAGAAGAAGAUGGAGAUUAGAGCUGUAUCUCUAAAAUUAGGGUGUAUAUCCCCAAGUUUUUACGAUAUGGUUGCAAAUAAGUUUUUAAGUCAAAUUUGGUUUUAAAUUCCAUGUAAUUUUGUUUACCUUUAUCGAGUUGUUUUAUUUUUCUACUAUAAUAUAUUUUAUCUUGUGAUUGGAUUC